CUCAGCCACAGAGCUGGUCUGUUCGAAGGCAACAAUUAAUUAUUGAUUGUUUGUUCGCACAACUUCCAUACUCCACUCCACCCAGUGGAUGCAUAUAGCCGACCCCAAAAUGCCGACUCAAUUCCCCCGCAAAAACAGGGAACAUCAAGACCCCGAACCUGCCUCGGUACAUAAAUGCGGAGAAGCAGCCACCCCUAACCCCCCUCCAGCCCCAACCAACCUUAUUCGUACGCUGCACAUUAAUCCACUAUGGUCCAGCCGAUCUUUCACGUCUACCUGCAUCCUCAACGAAGCUUGGCCGUUCUCCAUGUCUGUCUCGUUGGCUUUGGGUGAAUAUGGCUUCCACCAUGUCUGUCAACUUCAUCACACCCCUUCGAGCCCUGACCUGCGGCUCAAGCCGAAUUGGACUGGCGGAUUUCGCUUCUCAAACCUGCAGCGGAAGACGGUUACGUGCCUCUGCAAAAGUUUGUGGUAGUGCUUCAUUCAUACAAGCACAAACCCGGACCCUCGCAACCACGAGGCCGGAAGGCAAAAGCACAAGUCUACCCCUGGAAGGAAUCACGGUUGUCAGCCUUGAGCAUGCCAUCGCGGCUCCAUUCUGUACACGGCAACUCGCCGACCAGGGAGCUCGUGUCAUCAAAGUCGAACGACCAGGGGUUGGCGACUUCGCACGUUCCUACGAUACGAGGACCCGUGGGCUGGCAUCACAUUUCGUCUGGGCCAACCGCUCCAAGGAGAGCCUGACCCUCGAUCUGAAAGCCCCCGCAGACCUGAGAGUCCUCAAUACUCUGCUGUCGAAAGCCGACGUCCUCGUUCAGAACCUCGCCCCUGGCGCGAGCGCACGCCUCGGGCUAUCAUACGAAGCGCUGCGGAAGCAGAACCCCAGCCUGAUCGUCUGCGACAUCUCAGGCUACGGCUCCGACGGGCCAUACCGCGACAAGAAGGCCUACGACCUCCUCGUGCAGAGCGAGGCAGGCUUGUUAAGCGUCACCGGCCACCCGGACAAGCCCGCCAAGGUGGGCAUAUCCAUCGCCGACAUCUCGGCGGGCAUGUACGCCUUCACCAACAUCCUGGGCGCCCUUCUGAAGCGCGCCAAGACGGGUCACGGCUCCCGCAUCGACAUCUCCAUGCUCGAGAGCAUGACCGAGUGGAUGUCGUUCCCCCUCUACUACGCGAUCGACGGUGCGCCCGGGCCGCAGCGCGCCGGCGCCGCCCACGCCGCCAUCUACCCGUACGGGCCAUUCGAGACGGGCGAUGGCGGCUCGGUACUGCUGGGCGUGCAGAACGAGCGGGAGUGGGCCGCCCUGUGCCGGGACGUCAUCGGCGACGCCGGACUUGCCGAGGAUAAGCGGUUCGCUACCAACUCCGCCCGGGUUCGGAACCGCGAUGCUUUGAAGGAUAUCAUCUGUGGGGCCUUCUCGAGCUUGUCGGCGCGGGAGGCACUUGAUCGAUUGGACGCGGUGGGUAUUGCCAAUGCCAAGAUGAAUGAUAUGCAGGAGGUCUGGGAUCACGAGCAGUUGCGGGCGAGGGGCCGGUGGGUCGAGAUUGACACGCCUGCUGGACCGAUCCCGGCAUUGCUGCCGCCCGGUGCCGCUUGCGCAGCAGAUGUCCGGAUGGGCCCCGUCCCAGCCCUAGGUGAGCAUAAUGAUGCCAUCUUGGCCGAGUUGGGCUUUGACCAAGACGACAAACCGUAA